AUGAACCUCUCCUUCAGCCUCAUCGUCCUCGGGAGCCAGCCGGAGGCGUGGACGCCACCCAACCUGCCUUUGUCGGGACAGCCAAAUGGGAGCCAACCAGAGUUGGGUUGGGCCGAGGUAGAGAAGCUGCUCUUCCUGUUCGACAAAGACCCGGUCACCCUCAGCCUCACCAUCCUCUACCUGCUCUCCUUCUUGGUGGGGUUGGUGGGCAACGUCAUGUCACUCCGGAUGCUGACCCAGAAAAGGAGCCACGCCAUGCCCAGCCUGAAUGCCACCCGCAGCCUCCUCAUCAACUUAGCUAUCUGUGACCUGAUGGUGGUUUGCAUCUGUAUGCCCAUCACGACUGGGAACCUGGUCUACAAAGCGUGGCUCUACGGAGACGUGCUGUGCAGGGCGGCGCCAUUCCUCCAGGCUCUUUCCGUCUCCGCCAGCAUUCUCAGCCUGACCGUGAUCAGCGUCAACCGCUAUUACAGUGUGCACAACCCGCUGAAGGCCAGGUCCUUCUUCACCCGGACCAAGAUCUUGACUGCCAUCCUGGUUAUUUGGGUCUUGUCUUUGGGCAUCUGCCUGCCUCUUGCGUUUAUGAGCCGACGGGACGAGAUCAGGGUGGGCUCCGAUCGCCUGUUGGUCUUCCCCAUCUGUCGGGAAAUGUGGCCCCGGGAAGAGCUCAAGCGAAGCUACAACCUCUUCCUCUUCUGUGCCCUCUACUGCUUGCCAGUCUCCUUCAACGUGGUCAUCUGCUACUUGACGGUGCGCCGUCUCUGGAGACCCGCAAGCAGCGCACUUAGAGACUGCGGAGCCUUGAAGCAGACCUUGCUGGCUUCCAGGCUGAAGAUCCGCCGGACGGUGGCUCAAAUGGUCAUCGCCUUGGUCCUGCUCUUUGCCGUUUCCUGGCUGCCCAUUUACCUGGUGGACAUCUGGAUAGAGUUCCACAGCCCCAAGGCCUCACGGGAUGAAGAGCCAUCUCGUCUGGUCCUGCAACUGAGGGCUUUUUCCCAAUGGCUGAGCCUCACCAACUCCAGCCUGAACCCCAUCUGCUACUGUUUCGUGGGCAGCCUCUACAGAUCCGCUCAGGAAAUGAGGAGCCGAUACCAGAAGAAGGUGGCUUCCCUUCUCAACUUCUCUCCCUUGGGAAGGAACUGGCUACCUUCUGUGCCCAAGAAGAUUUCUCACAGGAGGUCCACAGACUCGGCUAAAAAAGAAGCCGGCCUUGCAACACGGAGAGAAGGCAAAGUAGGCCACAGCCACAGCUGCGGAAGUCUUGCCUAA